AUGGCCGAUACAAGCAUGAAGCAGCCCCUGAUAGACGAAACCGGCAACCCUGAAGGCUACAUCAACUUGGCCGAGUAUGACGCAACCAUGAUGGAGUGGCCUGGGAUUGCCAUCGCAAACAUCUACACGGGCGCAGCUUGUGAUGUGAAUGCCCUGACAACAGCCGUUCAAAACGUGGUGGCCAAACACCCGAUCCUGGGUGGCCGUCUGGUGAAGGUUCCGAAGACGCAGGCUGCAUCUGGAUUUGCGGUACGCCUACUCCCGGGCGUUUCCGGCGUUCCGAUUCGUGUGUUUAACUUGAGCGCUGAUGAGGAGGCUCAGGCGUCAAAGGUGACCCCAAAGAGCAUGGUUGCAGAUUUUUGGUCCUCGCAAUCCAUCUGCGUGGAAUUGUUCGACAAGUGCUUGCCAGGUAAGGUGACGGUCGAUCAGGACAUGCCCCUGAUGACGGUUGUCAUUGGGGUGGGCAAGAGCCUCUUUUCCUUGGGCAUUUCCCUCAGUCACGCAAUUGCCGAUGGUUGGUCGUAUUACCGGGCCCUUGCCGCGCACACGACGAAGGUCUCAAGUUGGACAGCCACCAAGCACAGCAUGUGCGAUCUGGCCAAGCUGAAAGCUGCCGCACGCAACUCUGCGCCGGAUUGCCCAAUCAUCAGCGGGAACGACUGCCUGUAUUCGAUCAUUUGCAAUGCGCUCGAAGGGGUGCAUUCCGGGACUUAUGCCUCCAACUUGCGCGGCAAGGUACCGGACCUCCCGCAUGAUUUGUUUGGCAACUGCGAGGGCGUCUGGCACUUCACCAAGUCUGGUCCAGAAUUCCAUGCCAUGGACACGCGCAGGUCGAUUCUGGCCAACGGGGCGGAUCCAGGCACCACCAUGACUAACCUCUUUUGCUCGCGCGUGUACCUGUUUACAAGCUGGGCCAAGGUCCAACAUUUUGUUACCAUCCCUGGCGCAACGCUCCAAUGCCAUGCAUGUUUUUCUACUUUGGAGGAUUACUCGUCGGUGCUCUGGAAGACUGACUUCGCGGUCUGCUACAAGAACUCGGCGACGGAAUACUUUGCCGUGAUAUGGCACCGCAAGUCCGACAUUCCUCGACUCCAAGCCGCGUGUGCCAAAGCCGGAAUUAUGUACUCGACGCAGCAGGCUGACGAGCUCAAGGAGAAGAUUUCCAAAAAGAAUGAGGGUGUCAUCACCGAGCCCAAAAAGGGCGGCAACAAGAUGUCGGUGGUGGGCCUCUUUUUGUUGGGCGUGGUGGCAGUAGCCGCGGUGGCGGUGGUGUACCGCGGCAGGAUGGUACGGGACCCCUCGAUCGUCUCGCCCUCCCUCACCUAG